AUGGACCAGUACCUUCGCAGGCUCAAGCAGGAGCUGCUGUCAAUGAGAGAAUUUGGAGACGGUUUGCAAGAGCAGAUGAAUUGUAUGAUGGGAGCACUCCAGGAACUGAAACUCCUCCAGGUCCAGGCAGCUCUUGAACAGCUGGAAAUUUCAGGGGAACAGAACCAUCUUCAAAGUAUGAGAGCAAAUCAGUGUUAUCAGAGUGUAAGAGAAGCCUCUGAGGUCAGGCAUCAAUCCAACAAACAAGCUGAGAAGCCAUUGGCAGGUGGGAGAUAUCCAGACAACAGCUCGUUGGCUGACAGCUCACUCAACUUUGUCUCUGUGCCAGGCCCAAAAUUAGGUCAUCAGGUAUUUUCUGCAAGAGAAAGGCAGACUGAAAUUACAUGUGCAUCAUCUUCUCUCUUGCCCCCAGUAGAGACUUGUACCACACUUGAACCACAAGCACCAGGUGCUGUCCUUCAGAGCCACCAUUUGAGCAGCAUCACCUCUUCGUAUUUUGGAAAAGAGCAAUGCAUGGAUGAAUCUGUACAUGAUGACACAAAUGACUGGACAUCUUCUCUUAUGUCACAGAGUCGAAACAGACAGCCUCUUGUCUUGGGUGACAACAUAUUUGCUGAUCUCGUUGGAAACUGGCUAGAUUUGCCUGAGAUGGAAAAGAAAGGAGAAAAAAAUGAAAGCUUACUUAAUUGCAGUAGAUCUCAAGAGCUCUGCAAAAAGUUCUCCCUUACAGCCAAUUUUUUCAAAAAGUUCCUAAGAAGCGUACGGCCGGACAGGGAUAAACUUCUCAAAGAGAAGCCAGGUUGGCUACAUAUCGAGGAUCAAGCAUCUCAGAUAUCUAAAAGGAGUAAGAAAGCCAGUAAACAAAAAAGUGUAUUUUAUUUCCCAUCACAAACUGACAUUAAAGUCAAAGCUGAUAAACCAGGCAAAACUAGUAGAAAAAGUAUAGCAAUGAUUAAAACAUAUUUCAAAAAUGACCAGAGACAAGAUGACACUGUGUACCCGGGAUUUGAUUUGAACACAGUGGUUUGGGUAUAG